CUUUUGUUUCAUCUUCUUUUAAUCUCUCGUAGAUCAAUUAGCCAUGAAAGCCGUUCUGUUGAGGACGAGCUCGAACAAGGUCCACCCGCCGGUCUGCCCGGCCGGGUCGCCGGCGGUUUCCCCCAAGGUCUCCCUCCCCCGCAAUGACUCGCUCACCGGAAUGUUCGCCUGGGACCCAAACGCCCACAACAAGAAAUCGCUCCACCUCGAGAUCGCCAGCAGCCCGCGGCGCGGCGGCGCCACCAUCACCAGGUCCAUGUCGGAGAGCGACAUGGCCCGAUCCUUCAGCGACUUCUCCUCCGCUGUCGGCGGCGGAGGAAUGAACAACAAGAAACUCCCGCAGUCCGCAUCCCGGUGCUCCCUCUCCGCCGUGGAGGAGGAGGCGAUCGCGGCGGCCAGAUCCGGGCGGAAGUUCGUGAGGAAGGACGUGUACGGGGUGGGGAUCGCCGCCGCCGGGUCGUGGGCGUCGGAGGUCGGGAUCCCGGUGGAGGAAUCCGGCGAGGCAGGGAAGAGGUUGGACGGCGGGAAUUGCAAUGGCGGGAACAACAACGGCGGCGGGUUCGGAGGAAGGGGAGAAGGCAACGGCGGUGACAAUGACAAUAAGAGAAGGAUGGCUGAGUAUUACGAGCAGAUCAUUCGAUCCAAUCCUCACGAUGCCCUCCUCUUACGCAACUACGGCAAAUUUCUAUACGAGGUCGAAGGGGACGUGAAACGAGCGGAGGAAUACUACGGGAGAGCGUUGCUGGAGAGUCCAGGCGACGGGGAAGUGUUGUCUCUGUACGCCAGGCUGAUAUGGGAGAAUUACAAAGAUCAACAAAGAGCUUUUACCUACUUCCAUCAGGCUGCUUCUGCCUCCCCUAACGAUUGUAUGGUUUUAGGAUCCUACGCACAUUUCAUGUGGGUGUCGGAAGAUGAGGAAGCAGAAGCGGCCGCAGCAGCAAACAACGUUACUGGGGAAGCUCCACCACCACCACCACCGGCGGCGACAACAACAACAAGGCCAGCCAUGGUUCCCGCCUUUUAAAACAUAGAACAGUAAUAUAUCAAAUAAUUAAUUAAUUGAUUAAUUAUCAAAUCACAUAAUUGAUCAUCAUCUUAUAUAUUAAAUCGAUCAAGCAAGCUCCUUGGUCACAGAGAGCUUAGUCAUUGUUAUAUUCUAAUGUCAAUAACCCCAAACCAGAAAUACCAACUAGAAGAAACCAAACAAGUUCAUUUUACAUGGAGAGACGAGCGGCCACAUCAUUGUCGUGCUGCUGUGUGUUUGCAGUGCUGGUGUAGUUACUGUGUCAUUAAAAGGGGGCAUAAUUACAGAAACCUACUGCACAAUCUUGUGUUUUUAUCUUUCCUGUUGAUGUACAGUGUAAUUAAUUAACUAAUUACCUGACUAAUUUCUGUGUAU